UACGACGCGUAAAAUAGGAAAAUUGACAGGAAAUUUAUAAUUAUAGAUGAUGAAUACCAGCAUAAUUUCCUCAAUUGUUUAAUAAUCAGGCUGUCAGUUGCUUCCACACAGUUAAAGGCGAGCCAUGUGGUUGCUGCAAUGUUGCUUGCUGGUGCAAGCAGUGGCCAUAAGGGCGGCGUAUUACCACGAGCCAUCCGUGACGACCAUCCGGCCUCCUGAACCGUUGGGUGACGCCUUCUUCGGAUACAGCAUUGCAUUUACGAAUAAUGAGCUAGUGGCAAGCGCUCCCCGAGCAGAUAAAGAUGGCCAAGUGUUUUCGUGCGAUCUGCUGACCCAAAACUGUACACAGAUGUCAGUGCCACUCGCAGACGUUACCUCCAGAGUUCAUGAAGGCAACACUUAUAAUCAUAGUUUCUGGCUUGGAGCUACCGUGAAGGCUGGCGACGAAUAUCUAUUUGUUUGUGCUCCUCGGUGUACUAGCCAAAUACCAGUAGCAGGCAAAGUGUUUGGCACGAAUGGACGUUGUUUUUUUAAAGAGUAUAAAAACCCUGGUAGCCAUUUCACCAAGAUGCUCCGGAUCUCAAACGAGGAUCGAUCCAUAAAUCGCACGCAUAACGAAAACGUGACUGAUUCCUUCGGCUGGAGUAUGGACAUAGAUGUGUCGGGUGCGCUGCGGGUCGGGAGUCCAGCUAUCGCUGCAGGUCGAGUGAUGACUUAUACCGAUCCUUCGGAGUCGGAGUCCUCCGCUCCUAAGAUUUUUAGUGCUAUCAACCCAGACGGCUUCGGCUUUGGAUACAGUAUUGCAAGUGGUAUUUUUUUUAAAACACGCGCAAGAAAUCCAAAGCCUGAUGUAGCAAUCGGCACUCCAUAUGGUGAUCACGGCAUCGGAAAGGUGCUCAUAUUUGACUAUGACCAAAAGUGGCAGUCCGAAGUGGAUGACCCAGCAGGAGGGGUGGGGUCCAUGUUCGGCGUCGCGUUGUGCUCGGCCAAACUCGACGGCGACACUACCUCGCUACUCGUCGGUGCGCCCGCGCAUUUCAGUGGCGACGACAACUACCACACCGGCAUCGUGUACAUUUAUAGGCAUAAGACAAUGAAAACUAUGCAGAACGUAAAGCAAAUUAAAGGUUCAAAUAAAUAUGGAGCAUUUUUUGGCUACGCCAUUGCCAACAUCGGGGACAUGGACAACGACGGAAAAGAUGAAAUAGCCAUAGGGGCUCCAUAUGAAGACGAUGGCAAGGGUGCCGUGUACCUGUACGCGGGGUCGGCCCUCGACGACAAAUCGAUGACCACCUCUUAUCUGCAGAAGUUCAAGCCCGAAGCUGACACCUUCCAGAACCUGGGCCUGAGUCUGAUCGCCAAUAAGUACUCUGAUAACGCAUGCAGUGAUCUGGCAAUAGGAGCUCCUGGAAGCAACAGUGUGGCGGUGUACCACUGUUUGACAGUUAUCACCGUCGAUAUAAAUACUGCUGUUCCUAACCUGCAGAACCGUACUGAUAAGACUUCAUUUGCAUUUGAUGUGUGCCUAAAUGCAAAAUAUCCUCGUAAACCAGAAAAUAUUACAGCUAAGUUCGCAGUAAAAGUCAAGAUAACUCACCCAAAUGCUACUUUGACUGACGCAAAGCCAUAUGAAGAUUUUAUAGAAUACGAUGAGUUACUCGACAAUAAUGAAAAACCUAACGGCUGCAGGAGCAUUAAUGUAACGACAUCUGAGAACGGCGACUACGAGGAAGAAAUCGAGUUCCGCAUAACGGCGAAACUAUUGGAUGAUCCAGCAAAUAGUACAGAAUUCGAUCCGUCGAAAGCUACCGUGAGCCGCCACAGUAAACUGCGGCACGCCAUGUCCGUGCGGGCGGCGGAGUGCAAAAGGCAACCAUGCCAACCAAAACUGUCUGUCAAACUUACCACCAACAUACAGAGUCCAUACCUAAUGGGGUCGUCGUCGACCGUACGCUUCGACGUCUCCGUGCGGAACGGCGACGCCGACACUGCGUACCGGCCGUGCGUGGUCCUCCGCGUGUACGGCGGCGCGGCAAACGUGCACCGUGCGCCACCGCACUGCAGCGUCUCUAGCGACUCGUGCAGAGUCUGCCAGCGACAGAGAGCGUUGAAGCCUAAUGCCACCUGGGAUUUAAACGAGGCAGCAUAUGACCAGAGCAUCGAAAUAGGCCUGGAGGCACUGACGAGCGAUACUAAGAAAAUAAAGGUCGUGGCCGAAGUCUAUAACCGCUGCGAGACCGCCAACAACCCGGACGACAAAAGUUCUAUUGAGUUUGAUCUCAUAACUAAUGUUGACGGAUUGAAGAUUGAAAGCAAAACGGUCCAGGGCGAACCAGUAUUCUUCCGUAAAGAUGGCUUUAAGAGUGAAAAGAAAUUACAUCAUACAUAUACCAUAUCGAAUGUAGGCGAGAUCAACUGGGUCGGACUCGUUGGUGACAUCUGGCUGUUCAAAGGACCUCACAUUACUUACGAUAAUUUCAUACAGAUAUAUAGCGGCGAAUCUGAAAGAGCUUCGUGCCCAGUGAAGAAAGACAAUAGUAAGAGCGACUUCCACGGCUUAAGCUGUGAGCUGGGAAGCCUGAACCGCAAGGAAACCAUCACCGUGGUCAUACCUAUCACUACGGUACCUAAUGAACUAGAGAAAGUUUUACAAAAUUCAAACGCCACAGUGAAAACAUUCCUCAGAGUAAUCGCUGAUAAGAAAGAGAAAGAAAAAACAGAACUUACCACUUUGGUGUUUCAAGAAGGGAAAGUGCCUGUCUGGAUCAUAGUGGUAGCAGUUUGCGUGGGCAUACUCAUUGUUUGCCUUAUUGGAUUCGCUCUUUACGAGUGUGGAUUGUUCCGACGAAAGAAGAAGGAAGAACUGGUGAACCUGAAGAAGGAAGUUAAACGGAAAAGCAUGAUGCUGCAACGGCAAUCCAUGAGGCUCACAGACACAGCCCGAGUUGAGCUAAGGAACCGCACCUACCGGGAGCUUCUCGACGAGGCCGAGAUCAAAGAGGCCGAAGGGGCCGAGGAGGCCGAAGAAGCCAGAAAAUCCCAACUAGCCUGCAAAGAUAACAGUCAAGGAAUCAAGAACCAGGAGCAAGCAAAAGGGGACAAUGGUUGUAGUAGCACAGUUCUGAACGAGAACCCGUCCGGAUCGCACUAUGACAUAAGGGCUCAUAUCGAGAAAACAUUGCAAAAAUAAAAUCCUAUGAGGCAUCAAGAUAUGGGCGCGACUCUGAAAAAUAUACUGUAACGUAAUUAUUUUGGAUACACGCUGGAACCACAAAAAACUUUUAUUAAAUAUGUACUACUACCUACUGUAUAAUCUGUGAAGCUUGCUACUUAACACUACAACAUCAAAGAUAUGUAGGCCAGUAGGGUUACGAUGGUCGGUUCUUCAUCAUUUGUCAUCAUGCCUGUCACGUUCUAUCCAGUAGGUAAGUAUGUAAGUGCGAAAGUAACGGGCAUAGUGACAGGCGAUAUUUAAAAAUGGAACCAUGCUGCCACUGCUGUUCAUAUAAUUCCGACCGAACAUUCUCGUUUGGUGUGCCUCAAUGGAAUGCUACAACGCGAUUGUUUGAUUCAUUCUUGAUGCCUGUAACGUUUACGUUUUCGAAGUAAUAUAUUAAGUCAAUACGCAACAUAAUAGAACGUAACAUCAUCGAAUAUUAUCACAAGUACUACGGGAAGGUUUCGUGUUGUUCACUUAGUCUGUUAUUAAUGUUAUUAUAGAGUUGCUCUAUGUACUUAUUCGCAUUUUUCCUCGAUAUGUCAAAUGACCCGAUUUACCUAUUUACAUUAUUGAUAUCCUUCAGUUUUCAGUUUUUGAAACUUAUUGCAUGAUGUGUCAAGGAAUUUGAUGUACAAAAUGGUACUCAAAAGAGAUACUCAAGUUAUUUUUGACACCUAAUUUACAAUUAUUUCAAUUUUAUUAUAUAAUUUUAAUCAUUACUCAUAAAUACGUUUUCAUAAUUUUAACAUAAUAAUAUUUAGAAUAGUUUAUGUAGGUACAGGAUUAUUUGCAAAUAAAUUAUUUUGGCGAAAAA